AUGAGCUACUAUUGCUAUUUAAUCUCCUUCAAGGAUAAUGUAAAUGACGAUAUAUCAUAUGAAAAAGUACGUAGUGCAUUGAAUACUACUGACUCAACAAAUAAAAAUAUACGAUUAUCAAAUGAUGUUCGUACCAAACAAUUUGGAGAAUUAAAAUUUGCUGUUAAUGAAAAAAAAAAACAAAUUGAUCAACAUAUUGAACAUAUUUUAGACGAUGGUUAUUUAACAAGCAGUAGUUCAAUAUCUAGUGAUAAUUCAAAAACGAAUAAUUUUGAUUAUCCACCAAUAUUUGUUGAUUAA